AGAUGCUGGGUGACACCCAGGUCGAAAUGGCCCUGCUGAAAUAAGAGUCAUGGGGUCUGAAUCCUGGGAGUCAGAGGCUAUAGCUUGUCCAAGAGUUCAACACGCAAGUGGCCCUGUACCGAGAGUUGGUCAUUUCUAUUGGGGACGUCUCAGUCAGCUGCCCCUCUCUGCGAGCUGAAAUGCACAAGACAAGAACCAAAGGCUGUGAAAUGGCCCGUCAGGCACACCAAAAGCUGGCUGCCAUCUCAGGCCCGGAAGAUGGUGAGAUCCAUCCCGAAAUCUGCCGGCUUUACAUCCAGCUGCAGUGUUGCCUAGAGAUGUACACCACAGAGAUGCUGAAGUCCAUUUGUCUGCUGGGGUCUCUUCAGUUUCAUCGAAAAGGAAAAGAAGCUAGUGGGGGAGCGAAGAAUUUGGACAGCAAAAUUGAGGAGAAUGCUGAAACACCUGCCCUGGAGGACUCCUUGUCAUCCCCUCUCGAGAGCCAGCAGCAGUGCUGGCAGGUCGCCACAGAUAUUGAAAACACUGAAAGAGACAUGCGAGAAAUGAAAAACCUUCUUAGCAAACUCAGGGAAACGAUGCCUUUACCACUGAAAAAUCAAGAUGACAGCAGCCUUCUGAAUCUAACGCCCUACCCCAUGGUCAGAAGACGGAAGAGAAGGUUCUUCGGCUUAUGUUGUCUUGUCUCAAGCUAGGUGGCUUCCCCGGAAACUCACCGCCAAGAUCACCUGAGAAACACCACAGAACCGUAAGACCUCCACACCGCGGAACACCGAGACCGGUUUUGACCAUGUUUUCUAUGCUCCCUUGUUACUUUUAUCUGCCUCUCCCUGCCAUUUUAAAUGAUUUCACACUUGAAAGCAGCUGCCAUCAAGGAAAAGAGAAAGAAAGAAAGAAAGAAAGAAAGAAAGAAAGAAAGAAAGAAAGAAAGAAAGAAAGAAAGAAAGAAAGGAAGGAAGGAAGGAAGGAAGGAAGGAAGAAAGAAAGAACAGAUUCAAAGAGGUGCAGCCUGUUUUUAAAGGGAGUUUUAAAAAGUUGACAUUGUGCAUGUCUGCUCUGAACCAUGCCGUGACAGAUGCAAGAAAUUUGAUUUUUAAAUUAUUUAAAGGUUUUUUAAAAAUGUAUUAUACAGAAAAUUAUUUCACAUAUAAUAGUAUAUCUGUAACUCUUGCUGAUAUCAUGUUAACGAUUUAUCGGAUAUAAAAGAUGUCUCUAAAUAUAGAAAUCUAUUUAAAACAGCAAAACUGUUCAAGAAUCCAAUCUAUGAGUAUCAUUAGAAAUAUUAUAACCAAACACACGCCACCUCACGCGUUGCUGUCUCUGCACUCAUUUCCAUUUAGUCUUCCAUUCUGUCAGAAUCGCUAAGUAUCAACAUCAGAACAUCUUAAUUUAUAAUGCAACAGAGUCAUAUAUGAAAAAUACAUUUUGUAAAUACACAGUAAUCCUACUAUCUUCAAACAAUGCAUAUGGGUAGCUAACUUUCUUUUAAUCCAAUGGUGUCUUUUUAAGCUUCUUGGGAAAUGAAGUUAUCCGGUUAAGAAAUGAUGUAGUAGCAUAAACAAUUACCCUCAGAUGUAAAAUUCAAUAUUAUCACAUUUUGUUUGAAUUGAAACCUGAAGCAUGGGUCCACACAUCAGCAUAGUGUUAAAUCUUAUAGGGCAUGCUGGAAUUAGCUCAGAUCAUAAAACUAUUUAACAUUUUACAUUAUUAAUGAAAAAAGAUGUUUUAGUUAAGCUUAGCUUGUCUCAUUUUAGAUGACUAUGCAGAUAUGACUUUUCCAAUGUGUAUUCUGUGUCCUGUCUUAUGCUUGGACUCUCGAGAACGGGACACAUUAAGCAAUACUGUAUUUUAGAAAAGAGGGAGCCACACGCUGUGUUGUUCUGCUCAUGGCUCUGCUGCGCUCUUUUCCCACGAACUUGUAAUAUGCUACAAAUCCUGUUUUAUUUCCUCCUGUCCUUCCUUUGACCCUUCCCCCCACCCCCAAUGAAAUUUCCCAGGAGUCUUUGCACUUUUGUUCCCUGUUCUGACAGAUCUCCGAGUCAGACCAGAGGCACAGGUGUCCAAUCUUAAGAGGGACAGACUAGCUGCCUGCAAGUGGCUUUAAUCCCAGCCUUGGGGAGGCACUUAUUUGUACAUUAAUAUUCUGGCCUAAAAACUAAAUACUUUUAAAGCCUUUCACUUUAUGGAAGAUGGAGAGAGCAUGGACAAUUGUUGUAUUAGGUUGAAUUCUAUGAAAUGGCUGAUAUUUGACUGUUUUGAUCUAUAUUUUUAAAACCAGCAAUUUCACAUAGUUCAACCUAAAAUCUGCAAAGAAACAGCUCUUGGAAUUUUCUCCUAUAUUUAUGUAUCAAAAGUGAAAGAAUUCUGGGAUGGAAGAGAUCUCCAAAGUCUAUGAUUGGUCUUCAUUUCAAUUCCACUAGUUGCUGUCGACCAUAUUCUUGGUACCCCACCCCCACCCCUUACUAUGCUGCACUAAGCUGGUAGCUAAUGUACUGUUACUAGUAAGACUGGAUUCAGUGAGAGAAGGACUUUUGACAAGUUAUAUGAGACAAUUAUAACUUUCUGAAUGGAAUGUUCAUGAAACAAUGGAAAGAAUUAUUUAAAGACUCCUCACAAGGAACUAUUCCCAACUCUCCUAUCCUGCCAUCUUGAAUAAAGCCUACUCUUCUCUCCUGGUUGCAGGUCAUUUCAAGUUAGUUAAGUUCCAAGGUUAUCUCAUUUCUCAUUUAUGAGCUAUUAUUUCUAAAUUGGCAUGAUCUCGGCUCCUGUCUCUGUUGUUUCCCACACUCUGACUGGAUUGAACGCUUAGCUUCAGCCUCAUUCCUAGCAAUCCAUGCAAAUGGACUAACUGACAAGCCUGGGGUGCGGGGCACGCUCUUGUGGAUGCCCGACCUAAACCUCUGACCUAAACCUCUCCUGCUUCUUUCAUUUGUCCCAGCUCUCUCCUUAGUCUCAGCGUGACGACAACACCUUCUGUGCAAUUGUCCUUUGUACAACUGAAGACUGUUAAAAAAAAAAAAAAAUUCAGGUCUCACCUCCAUGUCUGAGAAGGCCGUGAGAGCUAUUCAUGGAGAUGGGAAUUUGUCUAAUUACCUAGCCAGACUUUGCAUAUCUGAGGUAAUAAAGUCGACCACCUUAUGUUUUAUUCAGUGCCUGGUUUCCAGCCAUUGCUCAAUUUUAUAGUUCCCAUAGAUAGAUAUACUCCAAGAUCUAUGGAUGUUCUUUCAGUAGCAGGUCCGAAAGCAGCAUUAACAAUCAAGGUUCUGGUACCUGUGCGGGCUCAUGGUUGCCUUGGGCAACUCACCACCUCCCCUUUUAAUUUAACUUGUUUUAGAAGAGUUAAGACCCUGGAGGAUAUGCCAAGUGCAUCCUCUAGGAUGCCCCUCUCUCCUCUAACCUGCCAAAGGACUUCCUUAGGUGUGGGUCCACCAGAUAAAGUUCUGCUCCCUCCCUCUGCUCCUUGCAGGAAAUGGUCUUUGCCCUCAACAGAAGCAUCCAGCUGAUCUGUAAGGGUCUGAGGAAAACGCUGAAUAUUCUCUCACAAACCCAUGUGUACAAACAGGAAAAAAGGCCUCUCAUUUUAUCGCCAUACUUUUUAUAUUCUAUUUUAGGUUUUCCUGCAAAUUAUAAUGAAUAUAUGGUUUUUUUUUAUCUUUUUGUGGGAAAUCUGAAAAACAUCCCCACGUAUAAAGAAAGCAAACAUCACCUGAACUUUACAGCAAAUGUAUUGUUUAAAAUCACAUUUCCCGGCUCUAAAUCAGUUGGGGCUGAGCUCAAAGACUCUUUUGGGAAAGACAACAUGAAGUAACCUUCAGGCCAAAGUAUCUCUUUAAAGUCUGACCACUGAUGUUUGGUGUCUAGACUCAGACUCAUUGCAAACUGCCCGGUGUGCCACUCAUUAAAGGGGUACAAAGCAAGCUGGAGAAGCAGCAGGGUCCUAAUUGGUUUUGGGGGCGGGGGGUGGGGGUGGGGAGUCCCAAACUCCGCCCAACGGGUUGUGUUCCUUCCUACUCUUGUGAAACGUUAGGAUGCUCGGAUUUAGGCAAUGCUGCCACCUAGUGGAAACUGAGCUUCAGAAAGACCAAAGCAAAUACACAAAGCAUCUUAUUUAUUCCAGAAAAUCUGCCAAUGGGCCCAUUAACAAGGAGCCCAUGACGACUUCCAGACUGUGAAAGUCUCAGGGUUGUGAGAAUAAAGAAUUAUCAUGCAGCUUAAACCCCUUCCCCACACAUCCGUGCCUAAGCAUUAUCUGUGUUUUCCUUUUGUUCUAGAAUAUCAUAUAACCACAGAAAAUGCUUACCUUUCCCGUAACUAUAGAUAGAAUACAGAAAAGCAGUCAUACUAUGCCGGUCUCACAGUAAAUUCUCACAAGCAGCUACAUCACCCAUGAUAGAUCCAAUAACACAAGAUAACUGAGAACACUACAUUUCAAAUCCGACGAAAGUCUGGAUAAUUAAGUAAGUUGUGUAGGGAUAACUAAUUAACCUCUCCUGGGUGCAAUCUUAGGUCUAUAGUUUAAUCAAAAUAAAUUCUAGAUAAAAUAAGUAUUUAAAUUUUAAAACAUGAGAAUGAAUGACAAAAAUGAAGAAUACUUGUCAUCCCGAUUGGUGAAGAUAGUGUCUUAUUGUGGGGAAUCAAAGCCUUUCCUAAGCGUAAAACCAAAGGCAGGAGUGAAAAAGAAAAGAUGGAUGGGCUGAUACCAGUCUUUAAAAAGAAUGUAAAACUCCUAUACAGUAAAGUAAACAAUAAACCAAAUGAAAAGAAAGUAAUAUUUACAAUGCAUGCAAGAAAGAGAUUAGGCCUCUACUACGUGAAGGACCUCAGCACUUUGGGAAGUCUCUAUGAUUUACAAGACCUGUGCUUUCCCCAUUACUGCUUGUGUGAUCAUCUGUCUGUCCCACUAAAUUGAAAGUAUAAAAGGAAACAUACAUUUUGCUUAACAUUUUUUUCUCGGCUCCUAAGAUAGUGCCAUAUACAAACCAAAUACUGAAAACACGGUUAUC